AUGAACCGCCUCUUCGGCUCCAAGCCCUCGGGCCCCAAACCCACCCUCAACGGCGCCAUCUCCAACAUCGACACGCGCAUCGCCUCCAUCGACACCAAGCUCAAGGCCCUCAACGGCGAACUCUCCGCCUACCAGGAGAAGCUCUCCAAGAUGCGCGACGGCCCCGGCAAGAACGCCAUCAAGCAAAAGGCCCUCAAGGUGCUGCAGCGCCGCAAGGCCUACGAGGCCGAAAAGGACAAGCUCGAGAGCCAGGUCUGGAACAUGGAGCAGGCCCAGACCAUGCAGGACAACCUCAAAAACGUCAUGACCCAGGUCGACGCCAUGAAGACCACCAACAAGGAGCUGCGCAAGCAGUACGGCAAGAUCGACAUUGACAAGAUUGAGCGCCUGCAGGACGAAAUGGCCGACCUGCUCGACGUCGGCAACGAGAUCCAGGAGAGCCUCGCCAGGGGCUACGACAUCCCCGACGAGGUCGACGAGGCCGAGCUGGAUGCCGAGCUCGAGGCCCUGGGCAUGGAGGCCGAGCUGGAGCAGGAGUAUGGCAGCGGCGCCGUGCCCGGCUUUUUGCAGGACGAGGUCGUGCCGGAGUUUGUCGACGAGCCGCCGCAGACGGAGGAGAAGGUGAAGCAGGCUGCAGGUUGA